AUGGCUUUGGCUUGGACUUGGCUUUGCUACGUGAAGUUCCACGAUUUCGACCCCCCAAGCAAGAAACUUCCAGCAAUGAGGAUCUUUGUGUGUUUGUUUGCCGCACUCGUUGCCACCUGCUCCGCUGGCAUUAUUAGCGGUGGAGGCGGCGGCGGAGGAGGCGGUGGUUACAGUUAUGGCAUCGGUAACAGCGGCGGAGGAGGCGGACAUGGUCAUGGACACACUGAGGUGCGCACCGUCAAGGUCAUCCACGAGAGCGGACAUGGUGGACAUGGUCAUGGUGCCGUCUAUGGCUCCGAUCAUGGACAUGGUCAUGGUCAUGGCGGACACGGCCACCAGGAGGUGAAGACCAUCAAGGUCAUCCAUCAGGAGGCGCCCGCGGUUUAUCAUGGUCAUGGCGGCGGUCAUGGUGGUGGACACAGCUUCGGCGGUCACCAGGAAGUCAAGACCAUCAAGGUCAUCCACCAGGAGGCUCCGGCAGUGCAUCAUGGCUACUCCCAUGGCGGUGGACACAGCUUCGGUGGUCACCAGGAAGUCAAGACCAUCAAGGUUAUCCAUGAGGAAGGUCAUGCUGGUGGAUUCUCCCAUGGCGGCGGAUUCUCCCAUGGCGGUGGCUUCUCCCACGGCGGUGGACACGAUCACGGACAUCAGGAAGUGAAAACUGUCAAGGUCAUCCACGAGGAGGGACACGCCCUUGGAGGCGGCGGCGGUUAUGCUGGCGGAUUCUCUCAUGGCGGCGGUCAUGGUCACCAGGAGGUCAAGACUGUUAAGGUAAUCCACGAGGAAGGUCAUGGUCUUGGAGGCGGCGUUGGUUUCUCCCACGGCGGUGGCUACUCCCACGGCGGCGGACAUGGACACCAGGAAGUGAAGACCGUCAAGGUCAUCCACGAGGAGGGACACGCUCUUGGAGGCGGCGGCUACACCGGUGGCUUCUCCCACGGUGGUGCACACGAUUUUGGAGGCAGUCACGGUCACCAGGAAGUGAAGACCGUCAAGGUCAUCCACGAGGAGGGACAUGCUCUGGGAGGCGGCGGUGCUCCCAUCGCCGUGCACAACGAGUAUCUGCCUCCAGUUGUGGCAGCUCCUCAGCACAGCUAUCUGCCCCCAACUGGCGCCUGGAAGUAAUCCCCUCAGCUGCGCUCAGUAUCCCUGUGAUGAACUGUGUCAUAACUGUC